CUUAUCAUAUCACGAUUCCCAUCUCUCUCAUUUCCAAUCUGCUCCCUCUCUCUCCCUCUCAGUCAUUGCUAAUGUGACACAAAGCCACAGACUUCGAAAUCCACCGCAAUGCCGCCACCAGCCGCACUCUCAGCUUCUUCCUCCUUCACCCUCCUCUCCCCAUCUCCCUCCCCUUCUCCAAAGCUCGCUUCUUUCCACUCCAAACACCACUCCUUCCACUCCGCCACGCGCUUCACGCGCCUCCGCCGCGCCCGCUCACUCGCUCCGCGAUGCGCAGUCAUCGAGAAAGAGACGCCGGAGACGGAAAAGCCCGAUACUUUCCUCCGCGAGUCGUCGUCGCCGACCUCAGUCCGGGCCCGGUUCGAGAAGAUGAUAAGGGAGGCGCAGGACACAGUGUGUGAGGCCAUCGCCGCCGCGGACGGCGGAGGCAAGUUUAAGGAGGACGUGUGGUCGAGGCCGGGCGGCGGAGGAGGUAUCAGUAGAGUCCUCCAAAACGGCGCCGUUUGGGAGAAGGCUGGGGUUAAUGUGUCUGUUGUGUAUGGAGUUAUGCCUCCUGAGGCUUAUAGAGCUGCCAAGGGCGCCCCCACUGAUCACAAGCCCGGCCCGGUGCCGUUCUUCGCCGCCGGAAUUAGCUCGGUUUUGCAUCCAAAGAACCCUUUUGCUCCUACUUUGCAUUUCAAUUAUCGGUAUUUCGAAACAGAUGCUCCCCAAGAUGCUCCUGGAGCACCUAGGCAAUGGUGGUUUGGAGGUGGAACUGACUUGACGCCUGCUUAUAUUUUUGAGGAGGAUGUUAAACAUUUUCAUUCAGUUCAGAAAAGUGCUUGCGACAAAUUUGAUCCUACCUUCUAUCCUCGGUUCAAGAAAUGGUGUGAUGAUUAUUUCUAUAUCAAGCAUCGUGAUGAGAGACGAGGGCUUGGGGGAAUAUUUUUUGAUGAUCUAAAUGACUAUGAUCAGGAGAUGCUUCUUUCUUUUGCCACUGAAUGUGCAAACUCUGUGGUCCCUGCUUAUGUACCAAUUAUAGAGAAAAGGAAGGAUACACCAUUUACAGAGGACCAUAAGGCAUGGCAGCAAUUGCGAAGAGGGAGAUAUGUUGAAUUCAAUUUGGUUUAUGAUCGUGGAACAACUUUUGGACUAAAGACAGGAGGUCGAAUUGAGAGUAUUCUUGUCUCUCUUCCACUGACUGCUCGGUGGGAAUACGACCAUAAACCAGAAGAGGGAAGCGAAGAAUGGAAACUAUUAGAUGCGUGCAUCAACCCAAAGGAAUGGGUUUAAUGUUCUGAAGUAUAUUAUGCAUCAUUUUGAGAUUUUUACUUCUUUUAUCACCUUCCAGUCCCCCUUUUUCUUUGUUUCUUUAAUAGUUGAGGGUUAGAAGUUCAUCAAAAGUAGUCUAGUACAUGUACAAGGUGAUGUAAGUUUUGAAUAAUGUUAGAAAUAUCAUUUUUUUUUUAAAAAGAAAUUGGAAACUCUAGCUGCAGAAGUCAUGAGAUUGGUUAA